UUGUUAUUGUGCAUCUUAAGAAAUAUUAUUGAAAAACUUAUACAGUAUAUAUUUUUUUCAGCCACCAGCAAUCCCUACGACAAGUUACUGAAGGACAUAGAAAUCAAUGGCAGAACAUACAAGUACUAUGAUCUUAGUGCAUUAGGAAGUAAAUAUGAUCGUCUGCCGUUCAGCAUUAGGGUGCUCCUCGAGUCGUGCGUACGCAAUUGCGACAACUUCCAAGUCCUGGAGAAGGAUGUUAACAAUGUUUUGGACUGGGAGACCAACCAGACGGUGGAGGGUGGAAUUGAGAUUGCGUUCAAGCCUGCUAGAGUAAUACUUCAGGACUUAACAGGAGUUCCCGCUAUAGUAGAUUUUGCAGCGAUGAGGGAAGCGAUGAAAGGCCUUGGUGGAAAUCCAGACAAAAUCAACCCCAUAUGCCCAGCUGACUUAGUUAUUGAUCAUUCGGUUCAAGUUGAUUUUUCUAGAUCGCCGGAAGCUUUAAAUAAAAAUCAAGAUCUGGAAUUUGUGAGGAAUAAGGAGCGGUUUCAGUUUUUGAAGUGGGGCGCUCAAUCGUUUGACAACAUGCUGAUUGUUCCACCCGGCUCCGGUAUUGUACAUCAAGUAAACUUGGAGUACCUGGCUCGAGUUGUGUUCACCAACGACAUCCUUCAUCCAGACUCCGUGGUGGGGACGGACAGUCACACAACAAUGAUCAACGGCCUGGGAGUGGUUGGAUGGGGAGUUGGUGGUAUCGAAGCAGAAGCAGUGAUGUUGGGUCAAUCUAUCAGCAUGUUGCUGCCGAAGGUGGUCGGAUAUAAACUCGUCGGGGAGCUGAAUCCAUUGGCUACCUCCACGGACCUCGUGCUGACAAUUACCAAGCAUCUUCGGUCGCUGGGCGUGGUAGGCAAGUUCGUGGAGUUCUUCGGUCCCGGCGUGGCGGCGCUGAGCAUCGCUGACCGCGCCACGGUCGCCAACAUGUGUCCCGAGUUCGGUGCCACGGUCGCGCACUUUCCAGUGGACGAGCGAUCGCUGCAGUACCUCGUGCAGACCAAUCGCUCACAAGAGAAGAUACGAGCUAUCGAGGCCUACCUCCGUGCCACCAAGCAGUUCCGAGACUAUAACAACACCGAGCAGGACCCGAUCUUCUCUGAGAUUGUGGAAUUAGAUCUUUCUACCGUCGUCACCUCAGUAAGCGGACCCAAGCGGCCACAAGACAGGGUCUCCGUCUCCGUUAUGAAGAAGGACUUUAGAGACUGUCUCACGAACAAGGCAAGUGUGGGCUUCAAAGGCUACGGGCUCACGCCUACCCAGUUAUCGGCCUCCGGUAGCUUCACGUACAGCGAUGGUGCCACGUAUACAAUCACGCACGGUUCUGUCAUCAUCGCUGCGAUCACCUCCUGUACUAACACGUCGAACCCUACAGUGAUGUUGGGAGCAGGUCUCCUGGCUAAGAAAGCGGUGGAGAACGGGCUCAGUGUUCUGCCGUACAUCAAAACUUCCCUCUCCCCUGGUUCUGGAGUUGUUACCUACUACUUGAAGGAAUCCGGCGUGGUGCCAUAUCUGGAAAAGUUGGGCUUCAACAUAGUGGGCUACGGCUGUAUGACCUGCAUCGGCAACUCGGGGCCCAUCGAUGACAACAUUGCGAACACCAUCGAGAAGAACGAGCUGGUGUGCUGUGGGGUGCUGUCUGGAAACCGCAACUUCGAGGGUCGGAUCCAUCCCAACACCAGGGCCAACUACUUGGCUUCACCGCUCCUCGUCAUAGCGUACGCCCUCGCCGGGACUGUGGAUAUCGACUUUGAGACUCAGCCCUUGGGGAAGAGGGAGGACGGCAGCCCGGUGUUCCUGAGAGAAAUCUGGCCCACACGCGCCGAGAUCCAGGAGGUUGAAGACAAACACGUCAUCCCCGGCAUGUUUAAAGAGGUAUACGAGAGAAUCGGGAUGGGUUCCCCCGCUUGGCGAUCCCUAGACGUCCCGCAGGGGAAACUGUACAGCUGGGACGCGAAUUCUACUUACAUAAAGAAACCUCCGUUCUUCGAUGGAAUGACGAAGGAAUUACCCCCAAUCAAAAGUAUUGAGAACGCUCGCUGUCUGCUCCUGUUGGGUGAUUCUGUGACUACGGAUCACAUCUCGCCCGCCGGCUCCAUCGCAAGAAACUCUCCUGCCGCUCGUUAUCUCGCUGCUAGGGGGCUGACCCCGCGCGAGUUCAACUCGUACGGGUCGCGGCGCGGGAACGACGCGGUGAUGUCGCGCGGCACGUUCGCCAACAUCCGCCUCGUCAACAAGCUGAGCCCCGCGCCCGGGCCCCGCACCACGCACGUGCCCAGCGGGGACCUCAUGGACAUCUUCGACGCAGCCGAACGAUACGCGUCAGAGAAUGUGCCUUUGAUAGCAAUCGUGGGUAAGGACUACGGUUCCGGAUCUAGUCGAGACUGGGCUGCUAAGGGACCUUUCCUUUUGGGUAUCCGCGCAGUGAUAGCGGAGUCGUUCGAGCGCAUCCACAGAUCGAACCUGGUGGGCAUGGGGAUCAUUCCACUGCAGUUCCUGCCAGGAGAUAGUGCAAGCUCACUAGGUCUUACCGGGACUGAGCAGUACAGCGUGCUGCUGCCCGACAACCUUCGUCCUGGUGACCUCGCCACCGUGCAGGUGGAUGACGGCAGAUCAUUCCAGGUGAAGGUGCGUUUCGACACCGAGGUCGACCUCACGUACUUUAAGCACGGCGGCAUCCUCAACUAUAUGAUCAGGAAAAUUUUGUAG